AGAGCUCGGUAGGCAUAGGCAACCGCCACAACCAAAAGCAGAAGAAGGAAUUUGAACGUUGGUUUCGUUCUGCUCUUCGGUUAAAUCUUUAUAAUCUCCACAUUUUGUCUCAUUGUGAGCUCCGAUAAUAUUCACAUUCUUACUUUGAUGCCGAUGUUUGUCUGUUUAAGGAGGUCAAACAUCCUGAGUGAGACCAGUUAGCCUCCGGUAUUCAUGAGAAGCUAACUGUCAGGAAAACUAACCAGUUUCUAGUUGGAGAGAAUCGCAAAAAAAAAAAACUUCACACGAAGAUUUUUGGACUCUUACUGGAUGCGGCGCGGCCGCCGGAUCUUCUUCUGGGGACUAAAAGCAACACUAUCCGGUUCCAAACAGCAUCAUGUCUGUUAACGUUUGGGUGGUUGCUGGUGAUCGGUUACUCAUUCAACGAGAAAGCAACUCAGUUCGUGACCGCAACUUACCGACCAAUCUGGAGAUGAAAGAGGAACACAGAGAUCCAGAUCUAAACCAGAUGAAGGAGGCGCCACAAUAUCAACCCAUCAAAGAAGAACAAGUUGAGCUCGACAUCUUUCAUGACCAGAAGUCUGUAGUGAAGCCAGAUGCUGACACCUUUAGGGUGUCUGCUGGUUCUGAUGAAAUAUUCCAGCGUAAACCUGAACUGCAGCAGAUCACAGGGAUGAAGGAGGAACCAGAACCGGAACAAAUUAAAGAUGAACUGGAGGAACCAGAACCUGAACAGAUUAAAGAAGAACUGGAGGAACUAGAAACUGUACAAAUUAAACAAGAAGAGGAGGAACUCUACAGUGAUCAGGAUGAAGAUCAACUUGUAGCAAAGCAGGAUUCCUUCAGAGAAACUCCUAUGCAUGAGGAAAAAUACCACAGUGAACCGGAUCCAAACCAGGACCAGAUCCACCCUUCCAACUCCCCUGGAGCUGAAAACCAACCAAAGGACGGAUACAAUGGAAAAGACCUGGUAUUAGAUGUAGAAGAAGAGCUAACAAAGAAUCAGAAUGAAAGUGUUGAACACUCUAAAGUGAAAAAACUAAAGAAAAACAUGCGUUCCUGUAAAAUAUGUGGAAAACAUUUAAUCAGGAAAACUCUCCUGAAAAUUCACAUGAGAAUCCACACCGGUGAGAAACCGCAUACCUGUCAGGUCUGCAGUAAGUCGUUCAGCUUUAGCAGUCAUUUGGUUCGUCACAUGAGAAAUCACACGGGCGAAAGACCGUUCUCGUGUCAGACUUGUGGGAAAAGCUACAUCAACAGAAGUAGCUUAAACGCACACAUCAAAGACCAUCUGGGAGAGAAUUCAUUCCCAUGUGGAUUGUGCAAUAAAUCUUUCACCAAGAGUCAAAAUCUGGUUUGUCACAUGAGACUCCACACAGGCGAGAAACCAUUCUCGUGUCCAAUCUGCGGAAAAAGCUACGUGAGCAAAAGCAGCCUGAAAAAACACAGCAUAACACACAACAUGGUCGACACAGGCGAGAAGCUGUUCUCGUGUGGUUUGUGUGAUAAGUCUUUCAAAAACAAACGAGGUCUGGUUCGUCACGUCAAACUCCACUCAAACAAGAGGCCAUUCUUGUGUCCCACCUGCGGAAAAAGCUACACAAGUAAAGGCGCUUUAAAAGAACACUCUAGAGUUCACCUCCCUGAAAAGCCAUAUCCGUGUGACCUCUGUGAUAAAACCUUCGCAGCCAAGAUUAACUUUGACCGCCACAGGAGGACUCACACAGGCGAGAAGCCGUUUUCAUGUGAAGUUUGUGGGGAUUUUUUUAUUGACAAGUUGGCUGUGGUUAAACAUAUGAGAAGUCACACAGGGGAGAAACCGUUUCCAUGUGACCUGUGUCCUAGAUCUUUUCAUACCAAAUUUCAUUUAGGCUGCCAUAGAAGGACCCACACCGGCGAGAAACCCUAUGCGUGUGACCUGUGCGGUAAAUUAUUCAUAAGCAGAGCUAACGUGGCCCAACACAUGAGGACCCACAAAGGCAACAAGCAGUUUACAUGCAAAAAGUGUGGAGAAUCUUUUAGUGACAGGAGCAGUAUAGCCAAACACCUGAGGAGUCACACAGACGAGAAGCAGUUUGCCUGCAAUGUUUGUGAUGCGUCUUUUACCUCCAGCAUUCAGCUGGACAAUCACCUGAGGAGCCACACAGGUGAGCAGGGAUUCUCAUGCGUCACCUGUGGAGAGACGUUCUCCAAACCAUACAGUCUGACGAUGCACAUCCGGACUCAUACAGGAGAAAAGUCAUAUUCCUGUGAAAUGUGCGGUAAAUUAUUCACUGCCAGAUAUAAACUGACUGCACAUGUAUGUGAAAAUAAACCUUAGAAAAGAUGUUAAAGUUUGUAAAACAUCAUUUAUUUGACCCACAGUGGGAAUGUGACCCGUUGCUGUUCUACUUGACCUACUUUUUUUUGUUUGUUUUGUUUUACCUGUAAACCGUUUUAUACCAAAGCAAACCGGGCAAUUCAGUUUUUUGUUUCCAAAAAAAAAAUAUCCAAAUCCAUCCAUCUACAGAUCCUGGCCAUGAAUUUUGGCCCAUUCAGCUCAAAGCAACGAAGACGAGCUGGACUUUGGUGCUCAAGGUCUAUAAAUCUAUGGAGUCCCUGAAGGCUCAAUUUUGAGACCACUGUGGUUUGCAUUGUUCAUGCUGCCAGUUUGUUUCACAGUAUAAAUGUUCCUUUUGCUGCUUUGCUAAUGUUUUGCAGAUUUAUUUGCCUUUAAAGGCAGAGAUGGACUCAUUUCAGCUGUUGUCACAUUGCCUUAAACGUGGAGGUUCUUAAAUAUUUUGAAAUUAAAUGAAAUCUAAACAGAAAUGUUUAUUUCUUAUUGAAGAUUUUUACAGUGCUUCAGGCUGUUUGUCAAACUAUUUUUAAUUAUCUUGUUUUGCUGCUGAAUGGCCCAGAAGACUGAUGAAAAUGAGAUUUUUAAUCAUACUGAGUUUUUCACCUCCUGUCUAAAACUCCUAAACAUUGAAAGAAAUACCUGCACAUACUUGAAGUUUUUUAUGUAUUCUGCUUUGUAUUAAUUCAAUUAAAGGAGGAAAUAAAUUUCUCGGUGUCUUAUGUGAAA